CGCCACACCCAGAAGUGAGUGUCUGUCCUCCUGGAAGUAGGGAACGACUGUUGCGUAGAAAACCGAGUGUGACGACAAAUUAGUGUUUAUAUUUAAUUUGCCCUGUGGGUACGCACUAUACCUUGCAAAGGACACUGUCUGGUAGGACAUCGCUUGGCACACUAUCGAUACUGCCUACUGCAAGGACAACAAAGAUGGAGAACCCACAAGAUGUGAACUUCACCACUCUUGACCUUGACCCCAACUCCAUGUACACAAACACGACCUUCGCCCUGGCCGUUCCCGAGUCACACAACACGCCUCUUGUUGUCGUCCUCAGCCUCAUCGCUCUGUUGGGGUUUGUCGGUAACACGGUGAUGCUAAUAGCCAUGCUGAUGGGCUACAAAAGGGGAUGGAGCAACACCGAUCUGUUCAUCCUCAACGUCAUCGUCAUCGACCUCGUUGUCGUGUCCAUCAACGCGCCCCUUCGAGCAGUGGUGGAAUCGUCCCCGUGGUUUCCACUGGGAGAGUCCGGCUGUAAAGCGGCGGUGUAUUUUCCCUACUUCGGCAGUGUCGCCGUCCCCAUGGCGGUCCUGUCCCUGGUGCUGAACGCGGCCUUCCAGCGAGUCUUCCGCGCGCCCUACCCUCUGUGGCUCGUCUGUGCCGCUCUCGUUUUUGUCUGGGUCGUCGCCCUCCACGUUCCCAUCCCUGCAGUCGUGUACUCUGAAGUGAUAAGUUAUCUCUUUAUCGAAGACGUUAAGUUCAUAUGCCAUACCGCGUGGCCCAGUCAACACUUCGUGUACGCGUACGACACAGGGAUUUUCGCGCUCUUCUACGCACUUCCCACUCUGAUGCUCCUGGCGUUCUGCAUUGUCAUGAUCGCUGUCCGCCGCAACGGGGCAGGUCCCGUGGUGAGUUCCCAAGAGGGGAGGCGUACGGACAUCUUGAUCAUCAUUAUGGCCGCCCUCUUCGUGGUGAUGUACCUUCCGUACUACGUGACGUUUCUGUACCUCACUUUUGGAUCGGGUCACGACACGAGGGCUGUGAUUACAAUGAAAGCGGGAAUAUGCCUGAUCUACCUCAACUCUGCCGUCAAGCCUCUCCUGUGCGCCUGCCUGUAUGGUCGCUUCCGAAGGGCCUUCUCGUCCGGGUACGGGCGGGACGAACGGGCCGGAGGUACCGAGGAACGCGAGACGGAAUUGGGCUCUCUGUGAACUCACAAUAUAGCAUCCGUAGCGAGUUGUUAGUGACCCUACCUCUGCACCAAUAGUGUCACACCCUUAGUUUCGGCCAGUGGUUUCGGCCCCAAAUUAGAUACAAGAUAACUCGAUUGGAAAUCGCAGUGUUGACACUAAAUGAAAAAAACAAACAAAAAAAACAAUGCACAAUGAUCACGAUUCAGCAAAAGAGACGUUUAUCUCGUCAAAAGGGACGUUUACUAGUAUUUUGCCAAUCCACGCCAUUUCCCAUUUUCGUUUGAUUUUGAAAACAUUCGCUAUUAAAGGCGACAAAUUGGCGACAAAAUGGAGUCAAUUAGCGCAACCAAUUUGCGAAUGUCUUUCGAAAACAAUCGCCAAAAGGCUCAGUCCAAUGUGGUGCCCGCUUUAGGGAAGCGGUAAUUUAGUAAUGCCGUAUUCAACUUCCAACGCUUUACUGCGAAACAAUCGAACAUCGUUGAGUCGUGGUUUCACUGCAAAGCACAUGAACCUAGCCUGACUAAAAUCGCGCCCCUAGCGGCUGGCCUUACAGUUAGUUGCCACCACCUAGGAGGGAGGGGGUCAUUAACCCCAGCCAGUGAGAGAUUGUGAAAGCACAGUAAACACAUGAACCUUGCCCGGGCGAAGUUUCGCUACGAAAAAGAUAAACAACUUAACGUUUACCAGUCAAACAACAUACGGCGAAACGUAUAUAUUGAGCGAUAUAAACUGCAUUGCAAAUAACAUG